AUGCCCAUCCCACCAGUUGAAACAGUCCUUCGCGCCGUCUCCUCCGACCUUCAUCUUGCCGCCCCAUCAGACUAUGGUGUGUGGAAGACAUUGACUCAAAAAGCAUCUCGCAUUGGUAAAGAUGAAUAUACGAAGACCAUUGUAGCUUUGAAUGGCUGGUGGGUGUUGGAGAUAAAGGUAUCAAAUUUGGUGGUUUCCAAGUUCCGAUAUGCUCCACUAGCAGAGGAGGAAAAAAUGAGAGAGGUGUUUGAUGCUUGUUGCGUCACAAAUGAGCAUGCCAGGAUGUCGAUCCCCUCAUAUCAAAGUGGUUUAUCUCGCUUCAGCAUGGAUGAUGAUUCAGGUUGUGAAAGUCAAGAUGCCGAAGAUACCCCUCUCAUGAAGCAUGCCAUGAGCGGGAAGAAGAUUCCAUGUUCUUAUUCGCCAAGUCCUAGGAUGAACGAGAAACGGUCAAAUGAAAGUGUUAAAACUGAUGCACUUGUGUGUUUGGUUGACCUCUUUGGUGCAAAGGAGAAGAGAAAGGGGAAUCUAGGAGUGGAUACAACAAGAAAGGAUAUUGGAGACAUACUGGACAUGGUGAUCGUGGAUGGUGCUAAACCUUGGAGCGAUCUGCAUUUAUAUGCUUCCCAUCAUAUGAAUGACCAAGAACAAUUCUACAAGGCCCAAGUCCCCUGA